AUGCCUUACCUCGUUGAGUUGAAUGAAUGGCGCUUGCUCCACGGGCUUGGGGGCCUAUUGGGCCAGAAGAAGGCGCGAUACCAGCUGCAAGCAGGACCGCUCAACGAUCACAACGGUGUCCAAUCCAACACCGAACUAAUCGAAGUCGAGCUUCGCCGCGUAUUCAUGGUCAAGGAAAUUCCUCGGAAUCUAGAUCCAGCAGAGUUCGAACAGUGCCAGGAAAAGCUGAACAGCCUCUGCUUGUUGUUGGAUAGCCUUGCGCGGUCUUCGAACACCCAGGGUGGCCCAGAAGGUCCGAGCUAUCCCCGUUUACGAGCGUUAGCCGUUUUCCUAGAGUCGACUUCUGGCGCGGUUGACCUAGCGAGUGGUCCCAACGAAACUAUUUUCAGACUUCCUCGAGACGCCGGCAAGCUUCGCGAUUGUCUGCGGAUUAUCACAGAGUGCAAUGAUGUCCUCAGUCGGCUACUCACGCCCUCUCUGCAAGAAGCAGUCAUUCAACCACUCCAGAGGCGGCGGAAAAAGAGCGCAUGGAAGAAAUCCACGAUACGGAAUCGAGCCGUGUUCGUUUUUGAGACUUUGUUUAAGCAUUUUAGAUGCGGAAUGCCACAUGAAGUGCUGCUGAAGCUCAUUGAGGACCCCUAUAAAGAUUCGGUAUUACAGAGUUUACAACUCGUGCUCUCGCCAUGUCCAGAAUUAGAACUGUGGCAAGAAGCCCGGUGUGACUCCACUAUUAGAGACGAAACUUCGAUUUCACCUAUACCCGAUAUCUGCAUGGACCUCCGACAGCAUACUGGGCAAGGAAAGGUGUUGACACUGCUCAUUCAGAAGUACGGGUUGUUCGGUGCCUGGUCGGGUCCUACUUCUUCUGCGACGGGCUCAGCAUCUAAGGAGUCUCUUGACCAAAUUAUACUCAAUGGAGCUUUCAGGCCUCUUGACCUCAAUAUGUUUCACGAGGCAUCACCAGCCAGGAUCAGCACCAAAGAUAAGCGAGCACUUGCUGUCAAGCUUGGGUUUUGUCUCAUGGACUUUUUCGACGCUGAUUUCAGCUCGAAAAGGAUAUAUUUCCUGGAUUUCUCGAAACCGGACCCCGAGAAAAAGCUCCCGUACCUAUCUUUUGGGUCAAAGCUUCCGGCGAUGGACGACUCGUACAACUUCCGGAUGGGCCAUCCUACACUACUAUCUUUUGCAAAGUUACUGCUAGAAAUAGACUAUGGCGAAAAUAUUGACCUUGAUAUCGAUCCAGACAAUAGCAAAAAUAAGCCGGCUUGGACUCAGCUCCUGGAUUUCCUAGAUCGCCUUGAAGAGGAGAGAAGUGACUCAUAUCUCCAAGCCAUCAGAGGCUGUCUUGUCGUUCACAGAAAGAUAGCAAAGGCUCUUAGAUCUUGCGACCUUGUGCGCAAAGAUGCGGAUUCAAUCAUACGAAAGCAUAUCCACAAGGAAAUUGUUCACAAACUCGAGCUUGGACUUGAAGAGUCUAUUCCUAGGUCUGCUCGCAAACGGCAACGAUCAGAAACACCACCUUCUGACAGCUGGAACGGGGACCAAGCUGUCAGUUCUACCAAAAGAAUGGUCAUGCGGUCCGUGAAGUAUGAACGAACAGCACUAGGAAACAAGAAACCACUUGCCCCCGAACCACAGAAGUGGACGCUUCCUGCUAGCGGCUUGUGUGACGAUAACACCCUGGCCGAGUUCCCUGCAGACUCCCGAAACGACUUCGAGAUCGCUAUCUUCUGCGCGUUACCGCUCGAGUACGACGCGGUUUCCUACAUCUUCGACGAAUUCUGGGACGAAAAUGGCGAUCAGUACGGACGAGCGGAGGGAGACCCCAACAACUAUACGACUGGCCGGGUAGGCAAAUACAACGUCGUUCUGGCCCUCUUGCCGCACAUGGGCAAGACCAAUGCGGCUAGCGCGGCAGCCAGUAUGCGAUCGAGCUAUGGCGGCUUGCGGCUAGCCCUCCUUAUCGGAGUGUGUGGUGGUAUGCCUCACGGGCGUUAUAGCGAAAUCUUGCUAGGUGACGUGGUCAUCAGUAAGACCGUUUUUCAUUACGAUUUUGGCAGGCAUUACUCAGACAAGUUUAUAUGCAAGAACACUGUCGAGGAUAAUCUUGGCCGACUAAAUAAAGAUAUCCGCAACCUGAUCGCCACAUUCGAGACCGAUCGGGGCCUCGACCAACUCAAGCAACGGACUGCCCAUUUUCUUCAGCAGCUCCAGGCCAACGUCGCCCAGGCUGGUCGUGAGAGCAAGUACGACUACCCUGGAAUAGCGGAAGACAAGCUAUUCGAGCCGACCUACCGCCACAAGCACCAUGUAUCGCCGACCUGUAUUUGCCGCGAUUGCUUUAAUGACUCAGACCCCGUUUGCGAUAAGGCGCUCAAUUCGUCAUGCGCGGAUCUCGGAUGCCACGACGAACGUCUUAUCGCGAGGAAACGGCUCCAGGCAAAACAGCAGUUAAGAAACGACGGGAGCGAUGCGACUCCACAGCCUGCGGUGCAUGUGGGAGCUGUCGCGUCGGGAGACAAAGUGAUGAAGUCGGCAGCAGACCGGGAUAGGCUCUCAAGAGAAGCAGACGUGAUUGCGUUCGAGAUGGAGGGCGCUGGGGUCUGGGAUGAAGUGCCCUGUAUAGUGGUCAAGGGAGUUUGCGACUAUGCUGACAGUCACAAGCACAAGGGAUGGCAGAAUUUUGCUGCAGCGACGGCGGCUUCGGCAUCAAAGGCAAUUCUAGAACGCUACAGCCGAACUUAA